UUAUACCUGCAGAGUGUGGGAGGCUCAGAGGGCUCCAGAAGGAUUUUUCUGGAUAGUAGAGCAACACCAUGGUUUUCUGCUUAGGUUUGCUGACUCUUCACUGAGUUCCUGAAUUCCUCUUAAUACUUCAUCCAUUUUAAUUUUAUGCACAGAGCUUUAACCAGAGAAUGCUUUCACUAGUCCUGUGGAUGGCAUGGGUCAGUGCUGUCUGCUUUCUACAAAGCAGGCCUGGGUCCUGUAAGGAGAUUAAACUACCUGGCAGAGUAGGGAAGCCCCCUUCCCCAUCUGACUUUCUGGAUAAACUUAUGGGAAGGACAUCUGGGUAUGAUGCCCGCAUUAGACCCAAUUUCAAAGGGUCCCAUCUCGUCAUAUAUAUUUCAUAUGCUCCACAUCACUGAAAGAUGCCAGUGCAUUCAGGGUCCUCCUGUGAAUGUCACCAUUAACCUCUUCAUCAACAGCUUUGGCUCUGUCACAGAAACCACCAUGGAUUAUCGGCUCAACGUGUUCCUACGUCAACAAUGGAAUGACCCACGGCUGGCCUAUAAAGAGUACCCUGAUGACUCCCUGGACCUCGAUCCCUCCAUGCUGGACUCCAUCUGGAAACCAGACCUUUUCUUUGCCAAUGAAAAGGGGGCAAACUUUCACGAAGUCACUACAGACAACAAACUGCUCCGCAUAUUCCAAAAUGGGAAUGUCCUCUACAGUAUCAGGUUAACUCUGAUUCUGUCCUGCCCCAUGGAUCUGAUGAACUUCCCUAUGGAUAUUCAAACAUGCUCUAUGCAGCUGGAAAGCUUUGGCUACACCAUGAAUGACCUGUGCUUCCAGUGGCUGGACAUUGGUCCUGUCCAGGUUGCGGAUGACCUGAUGCUUCCUCAGUUUGUGUUGAAAGAGGAGAAAGACUUGGGUUACUGCACAAAGCACUACAACACAGGUAAAUUUGCAUGCAUCGAGGUAAAGUUCCAUCUGGAGAGACAGAUGGGUUACUACCUGAUCCAGAUGUACAUCCCCAGCCUGCUUACUGUCAUCCUCUCCUGGGUCUCCUUCUGGAUUAACAUGGAUGCCGCCCCGGCAAGAGUAGGACUUGGUAUCACCACAGUUCUCACUAUGACAACCCAAAGCUCUGGGUCCAGAGCAUCUCUGCCUAAGGUGUCUUAUGUAAAGGCUAUCGAUAUUUGGAUGGCUGUGUGUCUUCUUUUUGUCUUUGCUGCACUCUUGGAGUAUGCAGCAGUAAACUUUGUCUCACGGCAACACAAAGAAUUCUUCAGAUUGAGGAAAAAGAUCAAAGAACAACAGCGGCAGAGAACUCAGGGAAGUGGAAGUAGUGAGAGCAGUAAAGUGAAAGGUAACAACAUACCAGGCAACAACUCUUCCCAGGGGACCAUGACCGGUCCUCAGCAGUGCAGUGUUUGUGCCAGGGAGCAAGAGCUGGUGGAGCAGAGCCAGGCAUAUUUUCUCCAUAGUUACGGUGUAGCGGGUGAUGCGCCACCGGAGAUGGACGCCCCAAUCUUUCAGGCCUUACCCACUGGAUUCCCGCUGUACGACAUCCGCAGGCGGUUUGUGGACCGGGCAAAAAGGAUCGACACCAUAUCCAGGGCUGUGUUCCCUCUGAGUUUCCUAUGCUUUAAUGUUUUCUAUUGGCUUACCUACAAAGUGUUACGAAAUGAAGCAAUCCAAGCUACUCUGUGACAACCACCAUCUGAGGACUGAAUUGCUACACUAGAAACAGAUAGCAAGUUGAAUCUAGUCUUCCACAGAACACUUAUGUCAGAAAUCCAGCAGCUGUGCCCAUUGAAGAAUAUAACUGCAUGAUCAGUUACAUUUUUCAUGAAAGUAACCUAAUCAGAAUAGUUUGUUUUUUUACAGUCCCAAUGGAAUGCACUGAUGUAGUAGUCCUUCAUGCACUAUGGAUACUGUACUUUUAAUGGCACCCCCAUGAAGAGAUAAUAGCCCAGUUGAGAAAUGGAAGCAGGACUGCAUGGGACGUGGACAUAAUGCAAAUGGUUUAAGAUAUUUUAGAAGUGUAUUUCUUUAAUAUUUGUGGAUUGAAAAUAUAUAUUUUUUCAUUUGGUAAGUCAGUAAAAGUGAACGCUGGACAUAGAACUGUCUAAUUGAGUCCUUCGUUGUCAUAUUGGGCCAAUUAGUUCUGUCUUGACUGAUUUCAAGUUAUUUACGCACCAUGUCUUGGAUGUUUUUCAAAUAAUCAAAUAAACAGUGCAAAAUGAAUCUUUUUAAUAUAAAUAUUACUGCUGUCACUACCAAUUUAUUCAUGUCAUGCUACUGAACGUGCUUCCAUCCUUUAAUUU